AUUUCUUACAUAGAGUUCACAUACUAAAAUGUCAAAAACUAAUAAAAAAAAUAGUGAAGCUUCUCCAAAAAAGCGAAAGACUUCAAAAUUAAAACAAGAAUCUGAUUUGACAGAAAAAAACCAAAUGAAAGAUGAAAAUAAAACAUUGGAACCAUCCAAAAUUUCAGAAUCUAAAGAUGAGCGUAAACAAGAUUUGUAUAAUAAGUUAAAAGUUGUACAUACAACCAGCCCAUCAAUUUUGAGUAGUUCUUCUGGAUUUGAAAAUUAUAGAGGAAUAAUUAAUUUAUGCUUGUUGUUACUGGUAUUGUCAAAUUUUAGAGUUGCUUUAGAUAAUAUUUUAAAGUAUGGUGUUCUUGUUGAUCCUUAUAUUAUACUUGUUUUUCUGGAGAAUCCGUACAGUUGGCCUUCUGCUACAUUAGUAAUUUUGUCAAAUGUGUUUAUUCAAGUGUGUUUCUAUGCUGAAAGGCUUUUAUCAAAGGGAAAUAUAUCUGAGCGCUUUGGGUGUUGCAUACAUGUUUUUAACAUCUGCUUAACAAUACUUGUUCCAAUAUAUGUUGUAUUUAAGUUUCAGCCUCUUCCCUAUUUUGCAACAAUGACAUUAAUGUGGUACACUUCAGUGGUAUUAAAAAUGGUCUCUUAUGCUUCAGUAAACUGGUGGUGUAGAGAGGACGCUAUAAUUAAUAGAUUGAAGGAUGUACAGCAGAGUGGACCUGUAAAGUAUCCACACAACUUGACCCAGAAAGACCUUUAUUACUUUAUGCUUGCUCCUACAUUCUGUUAUGAGUUAAAUUUUCCACAGACACAAAAGAUACGUAAAAGAUUUCUUAUAAGAAGAAUUUUAGAGGCGGUUUUUUUAUACAGUCUUAUACUAGCUCUUGUUCAACAGUGGUUGGUACCUACAGUUAAGAAUUCUAUGCAUUCAUAUAAGGAGUUAGAUUUGGGUCGUCUCUUUGAACGCAUUAUGAAACUAGCUAUUCCAAAUCAUUUAUUGUGGUUACUGGCAUUUUAUGCAUAUUUUCACAGUUUUCUCAAUAUAGUUUCAGAAGUUCUUUAUUUUGGUGAUAGAACAUUUUAUAAAGAUUGGUGGAAUGCACCAAACGUAGCAAUAUUUUGGCAAAAUUGGAACAUUCCAAUUCAUAGGUGGGCUAAGAGACAUGUGUAUGAACCAAUGCUUCGCAACAAAUACUCAAAGUCACAAGCAAGCAUGUUUGUCUUUUUUCUGAGUGCCUUUUUUCAUGAGUUUAUUGUGAGUAUUCCACUACAGAUGUUUCGUCCAUAUGCUUUUUUAUCCAUGUUAAUGCAAUUUCCACUUGCCAUUUUGACUUCUUCAAUGAAAAAUCCUUGGGGUAACAUUAUGAUGUGGCUCUCUCUUAUCAUUGGUCAACCGUUAGCAAUUAUGAUGUAUUACCAUGACUACCUUGUAGAACAUUCAGUCAUAAAAGUUUAAUUAUUUGCAUCAGAGGAAAAAUUUAAGCUUCUUAUGAUUUCUUUGAGUUUUUUUUAAUGUGAUUUUUGUUGUUUAAAAAAAAAAGAACUCUCUUUGAUAAAUUGUUGUUUAUAACUUUUAUUAAGACUUUUAUACUUCAAAAUUGUUAUCGAUACUUUUUUUUUUUUCAAAUUUAUUUUUUUAUUUUUGUUAUUAUUAUAAGUUUGUAAAUCUAAAGAAUAGUAAUUAAUUUAUGUAUUAGCUGUAUAUUUUGAGAAAUUAUCAUUACUGUUGUGUUCUAGAUAUUUUUAUUCGGUUUUUUAUUCUGUAUUAUUUAUUUUGAUAAAUUUUAAACUUAAAAUUUUUGAUGAAAAUAAAUAUAGCAAUAUAUUGUAAAGAAAACAUCUUGAAUUAAAAACGUUGUUUUAAUAA